AUGCGCGCUGAGAGCGCUGCCGCCUCGAGCGCAGCAGCCUUCAGCACGCUCCGCAGCGCGCCUGGCGGCGGCGCGCCGGUGCCGCCGCUGUCUGCCAAUCCCACAAAGCCGGCGGCAUUCGUUUUUGACAUCGACGGCGUGCUCGUCCGUGGACCUGCGGUGCUUCCUGCGGCUCGGACAGCCAUGCAGAUGCUGCUCUCUGGUGGUGCGUGGCGGGCGCCGGUGUGCUUUCUGACCAAUGGUGGGGGCGUGAGUGAGGCUAGGAAGGCUGAGGAGCUGACGUCAUGGCUCGGGGUGGAGGUCGGGGAGGACCAGGUCAUCCUGUCCCACUCGCCGUUCAGGCAGCUGGCACCGCGCCUCGGUGACGUGCCCGUGCUGGUGGCUGGCCGGCGGGACGUGGUGGCUGUCGCCAGGUCUUACGGCUUCAGCAAGGUCCUCACCACCUACCACCUGGCAGAGGCCUUUGGGCGCGCGGCGACGCCGUUCGGCGCGGCGCCGCUCACGGACGCCCCGAAAGGCGCGACCCGCAGCGGCGGCCCCUGCCCAGUGCGUGACCUGGGGUGGGGAAGCGAGGCGGCGCCAAUUCGCGCGGUGCUGGUGUUCAACGACCCGGCUGGUGACGCCUGGUACCAGGACCUGCAGCUCCUGCACGACGUCAUCACGUCACACGGGGUGCCCCUCAGGCCCCACCCCGCGCCAGAGACCGCUGCCGCGCUCCUCAACCGCGCGCCCCCAGGCUCGCGCCCGGUGGAGGUGUUCUUCUCAAACCCGGACCUGCUGUGGGCCAACGACCACCCGCGGCCGCGCUUCGGUCAGGGCGCGUUUGCCGCCGCGCUCGACGCGCUGCACCGCCAGACGACGGGUGGCCCCAUCUCAGGCGCGCGCUGGUUUGGCAAGCCCAACAGGGAGCCCUACAGGCUGGCGGAGCGGCUCCUGCUGGCGCAGGCCGUGCGCCUCGGCCUGGCACCCCCCUCCGUUGCCGAGGACGCCGCAGCCGCCGCCAGCGGCGGCAACGGCGGGGGCGGCGCGGCCGCGCGCUUCAGCGCGAUCUACGCCGUCGGCGACAACCCCGCCGCGGACGUGCGCGGCGCCAACACGGCCGGGCCCCCGUGGGUGAGCGUGCUCGUGAGGACGGGCGUUUUUGAGGGGCGCGAGGCGAACAGCGCGACGGACCCGGCCCACAUCGUGGUGGACGACGUCGCUGCGGCGGUGGAGGCGGCGCGGCACCGGGAGCGCCUCGCGCGGUGGCACAGCAUGCGGUGA